AUGAUCGAGGACCUGGGGAUAGUGGCCGGCCAAGCGUGGACGCUCAAGGACUACCUGCGACGUCAGCCGUGGGGCAAGUUCAAGGGCAUCUACCGGUGCGCCAUGAUGGAUGCUCAGGUGUACGAGUACCUCCGCGCCGGGAACUCAGAAGCAGCGACGGCCCAGCUCUGCCAAAACCUCAAAGCGAAAAUCCAAUCGGUUCUCCAGCAAGGGGAUUGGGCCGCGGCAUGGCUCCUAACAGGACUGCCGGAUCCUCUGUUGAAGAAAGAAUUCGGCGGGACCAAGACCGAGCUGGCGGUGAUCACCAAUUACAUGGACUCCUUGUCGAAGCUCCGCAAGCGGAUGAAGGAAACCGGUCAUGGAGGGGCUGCCACAGAGGACGACCCCGAGGACGGAGACGGUAUCUUACCGGAGCGGUCCGGUUCAACACAGCCUUUGUUUCCAGGCAUGCUUCCUUACCCUGAGAUGUAUCAUCAUCGGGGCGUCGUCUACGGCAUCCAGACUGCAGAGGGCUGGGCCAAGUGUCUCCUUAAUGAGUUUGUUGCUUGGUCUAACUUUGUGGUGCUGGGUUGCCCGGACGGUGACGGGGGCUGCCAUGAGCCGCGAGUAAUCUAUCGAAGCAUGGGGGGCAUGCGGUUCUUCUCCGAUAGGUUGCUGGGCGAGGUUAUGGCUUUUUGUUCCCCUGAUUUAUUAAGGGAUACCCUUAGUUUUGAUGGGAAGAGGGGGGACCUUAAUGCCCUCCUAGAGACACUUUCUUGCUCUAUGCCGAGCUAUGACGGCGCUGUGCCGCUGGCCACUCCUGACAACAAUGUUGCUUUGCCGGUGCAGGCUGAACGGAUGGCUGUGCCUGAUGAAGCAGGGCAGGUUGACCCGGCCCGGUGGCUGGAUCCAGGCAGGGCUUUUGUGUUUGAGAACCUUGAGAGCUUGCGCCUUCCAGAAGAAGUUUGGGAGGAGGUGCCCGUGGCGUGCCAUCGUGUUCCACCAGAGCAGGAGAGAGCGGUUAUCCAGAAGCUGCUGGACACCCACAUGGUGGCGCUUGUUUCUGAGAGUGAGCUGCCCAGGACUCAAGAUGGCAGGCUGCUGGUUGGAGGCCUGUUCAGUGUGAAAAAGAACGAGGUGGAAGACCGGCUGAUCUUCGACAGGCGGCCGGAAAAUUCUACCAUGCGGCGAUUGCACAGGGCGGAACUCCCGAACGGUGCCUGCUUCACCCGUAUGCUCCUCAAACCCAAUGAGUACCUCAGGGGGUCCGGGGAUGACUUGCGCAACUUCUAUUACACCCUCAGUUUGCCCGACUCCUGGAUCAGGUACAACAGUGUGGGUCGACGUGUCGACCCCGCGGUCGUGGCGGCGCAGAGUUUGGAUCCCAAAGUCCCUCGUCGUGCUUGUUUCCGGGUCUUAGGGAUGGGGGAUGUGAAUGCCUGCGACAUCGCGCAGGCCACUCACGAAAGUAUCUUGAGGAAAGCAGGCCUACUAGAGCCCGAGUCAGUGCUUGUUUUUGGCAGAAGUGCGCCACAGAGUAACAUUUGGGAGG